AUGGAUGAUGGAAAUCAAACUUUGGUGAUUGAGUUUUUUUCCAUGGGUUUAACGGAUCAUUUCCAGCACCAGGUUGUUCCCUUUGUGAUGUUUCUCUUGGUUUAUCUUGCCACUUUUCUGGGAAACUUGGGGAUGAUCACCCUCAUUUGGAUAGGUUCCCGACUCCACACCCCCAGGUAUUUUUUCAGCCACUUGUCCUUUGCGGAUGUCCGCUCCUCUUGUCCCAAGAUGUUGAUUGACAUCUUUGUGGAGAAAAAAGUAAUCUAUUUCUUUGGUGCCCAGUUAUGUUUUUUUGGUCAGUUUGUAGUGACUGAGUGUUUCCUCUUGGCUUCUAUGGCAUAUGACUGGUACAUGGCCAUCUGUAAGCCCUUGUUGUACACACUCAUUAUGUCCCAGCAGGUCUGUGUGCAGCUGGUGGUAGGGCCGUAUACCAUGGGUCUUAUCAGUGCCAUAACCCAUACGACGUUCGCCUUUUGCCUGCCUUAUUGUGGUCCCCAAAUCAUCAAUCACUUAUUCUGCAACCUCCUUUCGGUUCUUUCUCUGGAAUGUGCAGACAGCCAGCUCAAUAACUUUUUUCUUUUCAUCUUGGCUGGAGCCCUAGGAGCGCUCAGUGGCGUGACCAUCUUGAUCUUCUACUCGAUCAGCAGAGCAGAUCCUCAGGAUGGCAACAAUGAUAGCCUCUCCACCUGCUCUCCUCACCUGACAGCCGUCUCCAUCCUUUAUGGGGUGCUCUGCUUCAUCUAUGUGCAUCCGACUUCUGGUUUCUCCCUGGACAUCAAUAAAGUGAUAUCUGUGUUUUAUACAGCUGUGAUUCCCAUGUUAAACCCACUUAACUGCAGCCUGAGGAACAAGGAAGUCAAGGAUUCAUUCAGAAGGACAUUUGGAAGGAAAAAGUUCCUGAUGAGCAGGUAA